GAGAUGAGAGAGAAUGUGAGGAUGGAGAUUGGGAAAUUUUUAUGAUUUUUUUCAUUAAGGGCAUUUUAAAAUUUCAUACUUUUAGAGGGAUUUAAAUAAAUGUGAAGGGGUGUGAGUAACAAUUCUCAUUGAUGUUUAGAAAACCUAUUUUCUUGAGUUGUUCCCCGUCCAAAAACUUACUCACAAUCUGGUAGGCAACCAACCAAAGGCAAUACAGAAUCAGAGAGAUGACUGAUGAAGAAGUGCUGGUUUUCCCGGCAGAUGUCGACGACGACCAUUUCCAGCGAACAAAUCCUCAAACUCAACCACUUGCUCGCAACACUCACUCGCUCAAAUCAACACACCGAGUCUCUCAAACUCUUCACCCAAAUUCACUCAUCCCACACUCUCAGACCCGACCACUACACCCUCUCCACCGCCAUCACCGCCUCCGCCAACACCCGCCCCGCCGCCACCGCCACCACCUUCGGGAACCAGCUUCACGCCCACGCCAUCCGAACCGGCCUCAAAGCGCACUCUCAUGUGGCGAACUCUUUGCUCUCUCUCUACGCCAAAGCUGAGGACCUUGCUUCUGUGGAACGUGCUUUUGCAGAAAUUGAAUACCCAGAUGAUUAUUCAUGGACCACAAUGCUGUCUGCUUCAACUAGACUGGGCCAUGUUGGUGAUGCCCUUAAGCUGUUUGAUCAAAUGCCAAACAGGAGCAAUGUGGCUGUUUGGAAUGCCAUUAUCACUCGGUGCGGCGCCGAUAAUGGGCAUGAUGAUGUUGCUUUUGAUCUGUUCAGGGAUAUGCAGAAAAUAGGUGUUAGGCCUGAUGGUUACACCUUCACCAGCAUGCUUAGUUUGUGCUCUGUGGAGCUUUUGGAUUUUGGAAGGCAUGUCCAUUCAGUGGUUAUCAGAAGUGGUUUCUUGGCUAGGACUUCUGUGGUUAAUUCUCUGAUCACUAUGUAUUUUAACUGUGGAUGUGUUGUGGAUGCUUAUCAGGUGUUUGGGGAAGUAGAAGCUGGGCUUCGUGAUCAUGUUACGUAUAAUGCAAUGAUAGAUGGUCUUGUGCGCGUGGAUAGAAAUGAAGAUGCUUUUGUAAUGUUCAGAGAUAUGCAAAAGGCGUGUUUUAGUCCAAUGGAAGCUACCUUUGUGAGUGUCAUGAGCUCUUGCUCUUCUCUGAGGGUUGGCUGUCAAGCACAAGCACAAUCUAUCAAAACAGGGUUUGAUGCUUAUACUGCUGUGAACAAUGCAACGAUGACCAUGUAUUCCUGCUUUGGGAAGGUCAAUGAAGCUCAAAAUAUUUUUGAGAGAAUGGAAGAAAGGGAUCUUGUUUCAUGGAACAUAAUGAUUUCAAUGUUUUUUCAAGAGAAUCUUAACGAAACAGCAAUCUUAACCUAUCUGAAAAUGAGGAGGGUAGGAAUUGAACCAGAUGAGUUUACUUAUGGAAGUCUGCUAGGUGCCUCAGACUCUUUGCAAGUUGUGGAGAUGGUCCACUCCCUCCUAUCGAAAAUUGGGCUUAUGAAAGUUGAAGUUUUGAAUUCAUUGAUUGCUGCAUAUUGCAGAAAUGGAAGGAUAAAUUGGGCCUUACAAAUCUUCUCUAAUCUUCCCUAUAAAAGUUUGAUAUCCUGGAAUACUAUCAUAUCUGGAUUCCUCACAAAUGGAUGCCCACUGCAAGGGUUAGAGCAAUUCUCUGCGUUACUUAAUACACCUCUGAAGCCAAAUGCCUAUUCCCUCAGUCUUAUUUUGAGCAUUUGUUCUAGCACUUCAUCCAUGAGUCAUGGGAAACAGGUUCACGGUUACAUAUUACGACAUGGUUUUUCUUCAGAAAUUUCUUUGGGUAAUGCCCUGGUCACAAUGUAUGCCAAAUGUGGAUCUUUAGACGGGUCGUUGGGAGUAUUUAAUGCAAUGGUGAAAAGAGAUACAAUCUCUUGGAAUGCUCUAAUAUCUGCUUACGCACAACAUGGACAAGGCAAAGAAGCUGUGUGCUGUUUUGAGGCAAUGCAGAUCUCACCUGGAAUCGAACCAGACCACGCGACCUUUACUAUUGUUCUUUCAGCUUGUAGUCAUGUAGGUUUAGUUGAUGAUGGUACCCGUAUUUUUGAUAUGAUGGUGAACAUUUACGGAUUUGUACCCAGUGUGGAUCAUUUUUCUUGUAUAGUUGAUCUGCUGGGCCGCAGUGGAUACCUUGAAGAGGCCGAAAGAUUAAUUAAAGGUGGAUAUUUUGGAGCAAAUUCUAAUAUCUGCUGGUCAUUGUUCAGUGCUUGUGCAGCUCAUGGUAAUUUAAGGCUAGGAAGAAUGGUUGCCAGACUUCUCCUGGAAAAAGACCAUAACAAUCCAUCAGUUUAUGUGCUUUUAUCAAAUAUCUGUGCAGCUGCCGGCCAGUGGGAAGAAGCAGCUAAUCUUAGAGAUAUGAUGAGAGAAUUUGGGACAACAAAGCAGCCUGGCUGCAGUUGGAUCGGAACCUAGGACUUGCAAGUUAUAGGUGCUUGUAAAUGUAUAAGCAUGAGCAUAAUGUGAUGGGUUUCCCAAAUAAGGGGAGAACUUCUUAUAAGUUUCCGCAUUCCCUUCCCUAAAAAAACAGUACAAUUAAAUUAUGGUAGGAAUAAGAUAAAGGGUUUUUGU